AUGGAACUUGCAGUAACUGUACUUCUCCAUGCUCUGGGUGUCAAGAAACCGUUACUAAUUGCACAAGCUGUGUUACUGGAUACUAUCUUUCUGGUAAUACCUGCACCCAAUGCACAUCUCCUUGUACAGAAUGUUCGAGCUCUACAGUAUGCACAAAGUGUUCAAGCGGCUUUAAUCUUACUAACUCAGCUUGUGAGUGCGCUGAUGGGUACUUUUCGAACAGUACAGCUUGCGUGCAAUGCAGUUCACCUUGUUCUGAGUGCCAAACAAGUUCUACGAAUUGCACAAGCUGUGAGACUGGACACUAUCUAUCUGGUAAUAGCUGCAAUCAAUGCACAAGUCCUUGUUUAG